AUUAGGAAUCAUAUAUAAAGGCUACACCAAAGCAGAGUUAGUUAUCAGUCAACGUUCGUUCUCGACCAGACAGAAAUCAGCCAAUAUGUUCAAGUUUGUGAUGAUCCUCGCCGUUGUGGGAGUGGCUACCGCCCUGGCCCCAGUUUCCCGUUCGGACGCCGAUGUCAUCUCCCGAUCGGACGAUGUCCGUGCCGAUGGAUUCGACACCAGUCUGCAGACCUCCAACGGAAUCCAGCAGGCCGCCAGCGGAGAUGUCCACGGCAACAUCCACGGCAACUUCGGAUGGAUCUCCCCCGAGGGUGAGCACGUCGACAUCAAGUACGUCGCCGAUGAGAACGGAUACCAGCCCUCGGGAGCCUGGAUCCCCACUCCUCCUCCAAUCCCAGAGGCUAUUGCCCGCGCCCUCGCCUGGCUGCAGUCCCACCCCCCAGCCCCCGAGCAUCCUCGUCUUCACUAAGGCCCGUCGCCCUGGACCCGGACCGCUCCACGGACUGUUCUCCCGACACGUAUCGCCCUAGUUGUUUAGCUGUACUUCUUGACUUUCAAAAAA